AUGACACAAACCAGGUCCAGUGGUAGUGAAAAUUCAGAACAUCUACAAGAUCCAAACUUUCUCAGCAAAUCUGCAUCAUUGUUCAAUUCUCGAGAUGUUCGUUCAUUGAGAGUGAGUUUCUGCUCAGCUACACAAGCAAAUGAAGUUAUUCCUAGUAGAAAUGUCAACAUUCCACAAGAAUACAUUCUCCCAGGUGUCAACCGUAUUAUGCUUGAAAGGCAAAACCUAAAUAUUGACCAAUUAUGUCAAAAUGAUUAUGUUAAAACAUUCAUUUACAAAUUGCACAAAGUUGUCAGGGAUGCAGGACUUGAUAUAGGAACAAGUGAAGCUUCUACUGAUACAUUGUUUCUUAAAGAUUGCAUUACAUUCAAACUUAGAUUACAUCCAACAUUCAAAUUUUUCGUUGGUAAUGCAGUUGUUUCAGCAAAAGCCGAAUUUGAUAAACAUCUAAAUAACACUAUGCCAAACUAUGACUAUGGGGAACCCCAAAUAAUUGCUAAAAUUCUUGCUUGUGGGGAUGAAAAUAUACAUAAAGCUCGUGAGGCUCGUGAUAUGACUAUAUUUGUAGUUCGUGUGGUUUCCACUUAUGUUACAUUUUACCGUGCUACAAUUGAUAAAAGAUAUUGGUAUGAACUUGGUAUAGGUUGUCCACGACAGCAAUCAAUCACAGUUUUAAGAUGGCCAGGGAAUAGUGGUGAUCCAAUUGUUGGUUUUGAUCUUGCAGAACCAAAUGGAAGAAGAGAUGUGUUAGAAGCAUUAUCCAGGAUUCGUCAAUACAUCUUAAGCUAG